AUGGUGUUUACACUGAUUGUUCGUCAUGGUGGUUUGUUUGGGACCGCCCCUUACCUGCAUUACUUUGGUGGUGGUCGAACUGAGCUUCUUGAUCAAGAUGAAGACAUAUGGUCCUACUUUGACACUGUAGCCAUUGUGAAAGGGAUGGGAUACAAGGAGUUUAAGUUAUGGUGGGUCACUGCUGAGGAUGCUGAACGACAUGUCUUCAGGGAUUACAAAACUGAUGCUGAUGCUCUUGAAUUUGCUAAAUAUGCGAGCACACUUGGUCAAGGUUUGUUGUUUGUAGAAAAUCUAUCACAAGAGCAACCUAGUGUUGGCAAUGUUCCCACUAUUGCCAUGCUUCCCUCUGUUCCCACUGUUUCAGCACAAAACAACAAGGUACCAGCACAAAAUAACAAGGUUUCAGCACAAAUGAAUAAGGUCCUACCAACAAAGAUGAAAUGUGUGAGAAGGUCCAGUCGUAUACAAGCUGUGGUGACUAGAGCAAAAUAUUUGGGCAAGCCUUCCUUAGUGGUUCUCUCUGACGAUGAUGAGAUGGAAGUUGAGCUGCCUGUGAAUGUCAACACUAGUCCUGACAACAAUGUUCCUCAGGUAGAUGUUGCUCCUGAGAACAUAAGUCCUGAAAAUGACAAUGUUCCUGGUACAGAGCAGGUCCCUGAGGUAGAUGUUGUUGUUGGUCCUGAGAACAUAAGCCAUGACAACAAUGUUCCUGAAGUUAUUGAUGGAGAUGGGGAAAAUUCUGACAGUGAUGUUUCUGUGCAAAGAGAAAGGCUUCAGGAUAGUGAUGAAGAAAGAGACUUAGGGCAUGAAGAUGUAUUGGACAACACAUCUUUUGCUGAGGCAGAGGCUCUUUUGAAUGAGCAUAUCAAACAGAUGCUUAGUAGUAGAAGUGAAGAAGGUAUGGGUCUAGCUUUUGGGGAUGAAUCAGAUUCUGAAGGAGGUUAUGAGAGUGAGGAUCUAGAGAGUGUGCCAACUGAUUCUGAGGUGGAAGAUGUUCCUAGAAGAAGGUUCCCUAAGUUUGUUAAGGAAAAAAUGGGCCAAGAUUUCAAAUUCAGCCUUGGAAUGGACUUUUCAUCACUACUACAGUUCAAAGAUGCUCUACAUGAUCACUUUGUUACUAAUGGCAGAGAAUUCGAAUACAUGAAAAAUGAUAGCAUAAGGUGUAGGGUAAAGUGCAGAAGUAAGGGGUGUCCAUUUGUCAUCUUAUGCAGCAAGGUUGGCAAUAAAGAGACUUUCAGAAUCAAAACUCUAGUUGGAGAGCACAAUUGUGCAAGAGUGUUUGAUAAUAAGUCAGCUACAGUGAGGUGGGUGAAGCUCAAGCUGUUGAAUAAAGUGAGUACAAUGAAUAAAAUCAGCACAAAUGAAAUAGUAGAUGACUUCAGAAUUAACCAUGGCACUGGUAUAACCAGAUACAGAGCAUGGAAGGGUAAGCAGCUGGCAAUUCAAGAGGUUGAGGGAGCCAUUGAAAUGCAGUAUACCCUUCUAUGGAGAUUUAGCAAUGAAUUGCGGAAGAGGGCUGCAGGAAACACAUGUAAAAUUAAUUUUGAAUCACCAAGAAGCACUUUGUUUCCUAGAUUCAGCAGAUUUUACAUGUGCUUGGAUGGUUGUAAGAGAGGGUUUCUAGCUGGGUGUAGGCCAUUCAUUGGCUUGGAUGGAUGCCAUCUGAAGACUAAACAUAGAGGAAUCUUGUUGGCUGCAGUUGCUAGAGAUGCCAAUGAGCAGUACUUCCCACUAGCCUUUGGUGUGGUUGAGUCUGAAACAAAAGAUAGUUGGAUGUGGUUUAUGGAGCUAUUGAUGGAUGACAUUGACCCUGAAAGAUCAAGAAGAUGGGUCUUUAUCUCAGAUCAACAAAAGGGUUUGAUGGAGGUUUUCAAAGAAGAUAUGCUACAUGGUAGUGAACAUAGACUAUGUGUGAGACAUCUCUAUGCAAAUAUGAAAACUAAAUUUGGAGGUGGUGUGCUUUUAAGAGAUCUGAUGAUGGGUGCUGCCAAGGCUACAUAUGAAGCUGCCUGGAAAGAAAAGAUGCUUCUGAUAAAGGAUGCCAAUGAAAGUGCUUAUCAGUGGUUGAUGGAGAAGCCAACUUCAAGCUGGUGCAGACAUGCAUUUAGCCUUUACUCAAGAUGUGAUGUGGUCAUGAACAACCUCUCUGAGGCUUUCAAUGCAGCAAUUAUGUUGGCUAGGGACAAGCCUAUUUUAACUAUGAUGGAGUGGAUUAGGACCUAUGUAAUGGGAAGGUUUCCACAGAUGAUGGAGAAGCUGCACAAGCAUCAUGGACAGAUCAUGCCUAGGCCAUUGAAGAGGAUAUUACAUGAGGUUGAUCACAUUAAGAAUUGGAUCCCUAGGGUUGUUGGUGCUCAAAAGUAUGAGGUUCGACAUACUAUCACUUUGGAGAGACAUGUACUAAGCUUGAAGGAUAAGAGCUGUACCUGCAGAUUCUGGGAACUUAAUGGCUUUCCUUGUAGACAUGCUGCAUCUGCACUUACUUUCAAUGGCAAUGAUCCUAAACAAUUUGUAGAUGAUUGCUACAAGAGGGAAGCCUACAAUGCAACAUAUGAAAAUUAUGUGACUCCAUUACCUGGCCCUAACCAGUGGAUUGUCACCCCUCAUGAUCCUGUGUGCAUUCUACCACCCAUGUAUAAGAGAAGUGCAGGGAGGCCAAAGAAAUUGCGGAGGAGAGACCCAUAUGAAAAUGAUCCUAACCCAACUAAAUUACAGAGGGGGGGUGCAACUUGGAAGUGUAGUAGGUGCAAGCAAUAUGGGCACAACAAGAGAGGAUGUAAGAACCCUGUUCCAGAAGAGCAAUCUGAAAUUGUACCAGAAGUUGAUGAAGCUGUACCAGGUGAAACACAAGCUACAACUGCACAAGAUGAUGGAGUACAACCUUCAACUGCACAAGAUGAUGGAGUUCAACCUACAACUGCUCAGAAGAAACCAAAGAACAAGGGAUUUAAAAAAUGCAGUAGAUGCAAGCAGUAUGGACAUUAUAAAACAAGAUGCAAGAACAUCCCAGAGUUAAUUGUAAUGCCUCAGCCCCGCUCUCUUCCUGGGAUUGUUAUAAGGGAGCCUGUCAAUCCUAAUGUCACUGCCUCACUCCCUCUUAAUUCUGGAAAAAUGAAAGAAAAGGUAGUGGAAGAUCCAAGAUCUGUGGAUGAAAAUUGGCAUAAGAUCUAUGCAGGGACUCAUGGAGGAGCUACUACUUCAUAUGUCAUGACUGGGAAUCAGGGAGGAGCAUCCACUUCUGGUUCUGUCCUUCAAGUUCAGAUGGAGAUUGAGACUUCCAGUACUGUUGAGAGGGUUGCAACUGAGAUUCCAGAAGCCACAAGAGACCAAGUUAUUGAAGAUGGAGAAACUUUACCAACACAGUGCAGUGUUGUCCUUGACACAGCAAUGGGGGAAUCAACUUGACCUUGCAUUGGAUGAAGGGAAAGCUUUUUUAGUGUAUGAAAAAAGCAAGGGAAUCUUUCAAACUUUUUU